AUGCGGGCCCAUUUGGACGACCACUGCUCCGGCACACUGGCUGGCGCAGUUCCGCAGGACUACCUCGACGCGCACAGUCUAGACCUCUGUCAGGAGUGUGGCCUGCUUGUCAGCAGGCGCUACAAUGGUGUCCACCCUCGGUGCCGCCCUCAAGCUCGCCUGGCGGGCCCGCGACCUGGGGCUCAAGGCGAGCCGACGCAGCACAUGCCCACCUUAGAGGAGGUCAUGGGGCACGGCGCCGCUACUGUCCGCCAUGUCCCGCGCCUAGCCCGCGCUGCGUGGAGCCAGUGUCUCGCCCGCACCUUGGCCGCAACCCACUCCCGCAACACCGUUCAGGCUUGGGUGGAGUUGCUCAUGCUCGCUCGCUGCACCUUGGUGGCGCCGUCGAGGGGCGGAGCCAAGCACAGGCACCAGGCUGCGCUGCCAGCUCCCGUCCCGGCCAGCCUUGAAGCCUUAGCGGAACUGCGGGACAAGCACCCCGCUGCCGCUGCCCCGGACCUUGCUGUGCUAGGGCCCGCUCGGCCGGCUCUGGUGCCCGAGUUUGAUGCCGAGGCGGUGAUCAAGGCUGUGCGGAGCUUUCACCGAGCCAGCGCGCCCGGCCCCUCUGGCCUGCGGCCCGACCACGUGCGCGAGGCCUUAGCCACCCCUCAUGGCGACGAGGUCAUCGCUCAUUUGGUCUCUCUCAGCAACCUCCUUGCCAGGGGCGAAGCGCCGGCCGCUGUGGCAGUGCACUUCGCGGGCGCCUCUCUUCACGCCCUGCCCAAGAAACAUGGGGGCUUGCGGCCCAUUGCUGUUGGGGAGACCCUGCGCCGGCUUGUUGGCAAGCUCUUGUGCAGCGCGGUUCGGGUUGAAGCCCGCCGUCACCUCUGGCCUCUGCAGCUUGGUGUGGCAGUGCCCAACGGUGCCGAGGCAGCGGUCCACGUCACCAGGCAGUGGUCCGACCGCAACGCACUGGACUUGGACAAGGUC